GCGAGACGCGUAUAAAGGGCAGCCAGAGAUUCGGAUCCACCUGUCUGCGUCUCCGUUCGUUCGCGCCACAGGCAAGGUACAGGGGCUUGUGAGGAAGAGCGAGGAGGAGGACAAUGGUGCACGGGACGCUGGAGGUGCUGCUCGUUGGCGCCAAGGGCCUCGAGAACACCGAUUACCUCUGCAACAUGGAUCCGUAUGCGAUUCUCAAGUGCCGAUCACAGGAGCAGAGGAGCAGUAUUGCUGCUGGAAAAGGAACUAACCCUGAGUGGAAUGAAAACUUUGUCUUCACUGUGUCCGACCGAACUACAGACUUAAUAAUCAAGCUUAUGGAUAGUGAUACAGGCACAGCAGAUGACUUUGUAGGUGAAGCAACGAUUCCGCUGGAAGCAGUCUAUUCGGAAAGGAGCAUUCCACCAACGAUCUAUAAUGUUGUGAAAGGUGAAAAGUACUGUGGCGAAAUCAAAGUUGGUCUCACAUUUACUCCCGAGGAUACUCGCCAGAGGGGUCUCCCGGAUGACUGCGGUGGAUGGAAGCAAUCUCGCUAAGAAGAGCAGCAAGAUCUUUUGAUGUUUCACCAGAGCACAGCGAUAAUUCGUGUGCUUGAGGCAUUCAGCACUCGAACACGUUCAUGCUUGUGCACCAUGAAAUUCAGUUGAUUUGGCUUCUUUAAUUGUUUGAAAAGAUGUGUUAUUAGUGAGUUUAAACUAAAAACAGCUGUGUAUUGUUGUAUCGAUACAGUACCUGUUCCUCAUGAUUGGAAAUUUCAAGGGUUGUCCAGGAAAGGAGAAAUUUCUCGUUUUCUCCAAUG